AUGUCGAUGACUAGUUUGAGCUCAAAGUCUCGGCGUCCCGAAGAUAUUGUCAUUGAGGGCUGGCUGCAUAAAAAAGGAGAGCAUAUAAGAAAUUGGAGGCCAAGAUAUUUCAUUUUGUUCCACGAUGGAGCAUUACUGGGGUUCAAAUCACAGCCGAAAGCAGGACAACCGUUUCCAGAGCCGCUCAACGAUUUCAUGGUGAAAGACGCACAGGCUAUUCGAUACGAGAAGCCGCGGCCAAACAUGUUCAUGAUUCGAUGCCUUCAGUGGACGACAGUCAUAGAGCGCACAUUUUACGCUGAAACGGCUGAGUCUCGUGAACGAUGGAUUGCUGCGAUUGAGUUGAUUGCAAAUCGCUAUAGACAACAUAUGAGUGAGGAACCUCAACCUAUUCAUGAAGAGAUGAUGGAAGUUGUAAGCCAGGCAUCGGUAGACGAUAUUUCUAAUGAAUAUGCUGCUGCGGCUCACGCAAUCAUGGGUCAACCGUCAAUGCCUUCAUCAACGAACACUGCAUCAGUGUCUACUAGAGGUGAAAUGAUGAGCAUAGCUGACACCAGUGAAGCAGCUAAAAGAGAUAAAAUUACCAUGGACGACUUCGAAUUCUUGAAAGUUCUUGGUAAAGGAACAUUCGGAAAAGUUAUCUUAUGUAAGGAAAAACGAACAUCGAAAUUGUAUGCUAUCAAGAUAUUAAAAAAGGAAGUUAUUAUAGCCAGGGAAGAAGUCACCCAUACCUUAACAGAAAAUCGUGUUUUACAAAGAUGCAAGCAUCCGUUCCUGACGCAACUGACGUAUAGUUUCCAAACAACGCAUCACCUGUGUUUCGUGAUGGAAUUCGCCAACGGAGGGGAGCUGUUCACGCAUCUGCAGAAGAGCGGUACAUUCAGUGAAGCGCGUUCACGAUUUUACGGAGCGGAGAUUGUGCUUGCUCUGGGAUUUGCACACAGUCUUUCGAUUGUCUAUAGGGAUAUGAAGGAGCUGAAAUACUCGUUCCAAACGGCUGAUCGUCUAUGCUUUGUGAUGGAAUUCGCUAUUGGCGGUGAUCUGUAUUACCAUCUGAAUCGUGAGGUACAAACCUCGAAAGAGGGCUUCUCGGAGCCGCGAGCUCGAUUCUAUGGUGCCGAGAUUGUAUUGGCACUUGGUUACCUUCAUGCAACAACAUCUGUCCUAUGCUGCGAUCUAAAGUCUGAUCAUUAA